GUGGCACUGGGAGCACGGACACGGAUGAGUUCCACCCCUUCAUCGAGGCACUGCUGCCCCACGUCCGGGCUUUUUCCUACACCUGGUUCAACCUGCAGGCCCGUAAACGCAAGUACUUCAAGAAGCACGAGAAGAGGAUGUCGAAGGAGGAGGAACGCGCCGUCAAGGACGAGCUGCUGGGCGAGAAGCCCGAGGUCAAGCAGAAAUGGGCCUCACGCCUCCUGGCCAAGCUACGCAAGGACAUCCGGCCCGAGUGCCGCGAGGACUUCGUGCUCUCCGUCACUGGCAAGAAGGCGCCUUGCUGCGUCCUCUCCAACCCCGACCAGAAGGGGAAGAUUCGCCGUAUCGACUGCCUGCGCCAGGCUGACAAGGUGUGGAGGCUGGACCUGGUGAUGGUCAUCCUGUUCAAGGGCGUCCCGUUGGAGAGCACCGACGGCGAGCGCCUGGCCAAGGCCCCGCAGUGCGCCAGCCCCGGGCUCUGCGUGCAGCCCCAUCACAUCGGAGUCACCAUCAAGGAGCUCGAUCUCUACUUGGCCUUCUUUGUGCAGGCGCCCGGUGAGUGGGGGGCCGUGGGGGCUGGCUGUGCCGGGAGCCCCGC